ACGGCACUAUUUUCAUAAAGUAUCCAGCUGGGAUUAGAGGAUCUGAAAAUAGAGAGUUUUGAGUUUUCUAGAAAUUCAUUUUUUGAAAAUAUUAAAUAGAAUUUUCAUAAAAACUAUAUUUAAUUGAGUUUUCUUUCUGCACCACAAAUUACUAUUUGAACUUGUUUUAGAUUGACGAAAAGAAAAUCAAAAUAAAGGAGGAUGAAUAAUUUUUCGUAUUCACUAUAUAAACUCAAUUAAAAACUCGGCUCACUAUCUUUAUUAUAACCAAAAAUUGAUAGUUCUUUUAUACGUCUUAUCAAUAAAACAUCGUUGAUGUAGACUGAGUUUAAACGAAAUGUCUCCAUCAUUUUCUUCGUAUUACACCAACAUCAUUUCUUAAUAAUAAAAACUCUUUAUAUGGCAGCUGUCUUUUAUUGUUUGAAAUGAAAAAAUAUUUUAUUUAACCAAUCUUCUAUCCAUUAUUCUGUUUUUUUGAUUGACAUAACAAAAUAAAGAUGGUUUUUAUUAGAGACAUGCAUAAUGUGUAGAUAUAAAUCGAUAUUAACUAAUCAAAUAUAUAAAUAAUUUUAAGAUUGAAUAAAUAGAGUAUAUAUAUAUAUAUAUAUUGAAAUUUCUUCAAUCUAAGAUGACAGAAUAAAAUCAAUAUGAACAGAUAAAAUUAGUAAAUUAAGUUUUUUAAAUUUUUUUGUUAGAAAAAUAAAAUAUUCAUCUUGUCCUCUAUAUUUUAUCUAUUCUAUCUGUUUUAGGGUUACGAAGGAUCGCUAUUAAAAGUAACGAAUAAAAAUGGAAAAAAUUUAUCACCUGUAGGAUUUGUCACGUUUGCUACGAGAGCUGAUGCCGAAGCAGCUAAACAAGAAUUGACUGGUGUACGAUUUGAUCCUGAUCUUCCAGCAACAUUACGACUAGAAUUCGCUAAAAGUAAUACAAAAGUACAAAAGCCGAAACAUCCGCAUAAUAAUGCAUUAACUGCUGGCCAACAAUAUAUACAAAUUCCACAAGAACUCGGUGCUGCCUUUUUUCCCACAGAAGCUUGGGGACAACCAUUAACGUUUGAUUUAGGACCAGCUGGACUUCAUCAUCCAGCUUUACUGGGUUUACAUGGACCACAUAUUCCGGGUCUCGGUCAUCCAAUGUCAAGCGGUAUGACACAACUACAACAAACAAAUCCAAGUAUGGCUGUAGCAAAUGCUACCACUAUUCAUCAAAUUGAAACAUCAACAACAAAUUCACAACAAACAUUCGUUCAAAACGAUAUUAAUAAUAAUAAUGUCGUUGUUCGUCCAAUAAUCUCGCAACAACAAUCUAUCUUAUCAACGUUAAAUACAAAUGAUAUCGUUGAUUCGACUGAAAAACAAGAACCACUAUCGCAAAUUCGUGUUAUUGAAAUAAAACGAACAUUAGAUGAAAAUAGUAUUGAACAAGAACAAUAUGGCAAUAAAAGAAGUCGACGAUGA